UAUUUGUUUUAUUACUUUGUGGUGUAUCGGACGAGAACAUUCGUGUUAGAAAUGCACUUACUUAUUUUCGCUAUAAUAAUACAAGUAUUGUUAGGAUAUACUGAAGAGGCUAUUCCAGAAAUUUAUAUCCGACAUUUAGGCAUCGACGAUCCAUCCGGCUUCACGAUCAGAUGGGAUCCCAUAGAAGUAAAAAACGGCACUGAUCCAAUCAUUGGAAUUAAAAUUAAAGUAUGGAGGACUCCUUGUAGGAUAAGGACCUUCAACCACCACGUUGGUGACCAAGUGACCAGGAUAGUUAAGUCUGAGCGUCUGAAGUUUAACCGCACCACUUUACCCGAUGAGUUACCAGAACUGGUGUCCAUUGUUAAGCCAGAUGAGUCGUCGCUGUCAGUGCCUCACGUGGACCCUGAGGUGUGGUACCAUGUACGCGCCAUAGCAUUCACAGCCACCGCUGAGGGACCUCACUCAAACCCUAUUCAGUUCAAGAUCAACACGGCCGAUGAGAAUGACAAGGAGAAGUCGUGUGAAAGAAUCAUUUCACAAACGGCUGUUGCAGAUGAAGACAUCGCACCAACAGUUCUUAUUAAGGAAAAGUCGUCUUAUGUUGAUUUUUAGGGUUCCGCAGUCAACAAGGAACCCUAAUAGUAACGCCAUGUUAAUCUGUCUGUGCGCGGUUAAGCUCAGUGACUCUUAACUACUAGAAAGCUGUAACAUGAGUAUAUUAAAAAUGUCGACAAAGUCGAAAACUAA